CUGCUUCAUUAUCCCUAUAGUUCUAUAUCACAGAAGGACAGAGUUUAAAUACUACUGGGCAGGUGUCGCCAUCGUUUCCAGUCACUCGGGUUCUACUUCUAAAGCACUUCGCGCAGUACAAGUUCGUGCCGCAAGGUGUCAGUGUAGAGCUAACUCCUCCCGCUGACAUUCCGUUGGGUACGGAAGCCCGGUGUGGAUAGAAGAGUAAAGAGCAUUCCGGGUGGGACUCGGUGGCAGCUGUUUACAAACGGGAACCGGGCAGGAGAAAGAGCAGGCGAGCAUUCUUUAGGAAUAGACACCACGUGGGAGAGUGCUACGGAAUUGCACGCUGCAGGGAAGCCGUUGAGAGAAAACAGCGAGAAGCAGUGCAUGUGUGGCACCAGGACUGCACAAACCCACCAGUGACUUCAUAUUUAUAAGCACAGUGAACUCCCAGAUGCAGCACAUGCUGAGCUGACGUGCAGAAUCUUGUGGGAGCAGCUGGGUGGCGUGUGGGAUCAGCACUUGUACAUAUAGGGGCUGUUAUUUCAGGAGGCAGUAUUGAUUCAUUAUCUGCCUGGCAUUCUCCUGUCUCCCCUGAUAUUGCAGGGUGGCAGUGGGGUGUUGCUGAGUGUCAUCUCUCCAGGGAAACAUGGAGCAUUGGCUGAAACUGUCAGUUCUUCUGGCACUCAGGGUUCUGUUGAUUUAACAUGCUGGGUAUAUACGUUUCACAUGGAUUAUUGCACUUAAACGAGGGUGCUAAUCUCUUGUUAUAUUUGGCUAGCGGCGGUGAGGUAAAAAUGACAUAGUGACAGGUGGCUUCAAGCGUGGGACUUUGUGCAAUACAAGCAACACUGUGUUUAUUGAAAGAGAGAACCCCCCGGGGGCUGCUGUAAGCGCUGCACCUGAUAGAAGCUACCGUAUCAGCUCAAUCUGGAAUGUUCAAGAGGUGUUUAAAUCAAGCAGAAAAGGCAUAUGCUGAAGGGAAUGCCAUUCUGUUGGCAUUAGGCAAAGUCACAUAGUAAAAGGCAGUACGAGAUCAAAUAUAAGAAACUCUCUUGUGCACAGACUGGGAUAUCAGCCAUUUCAAGUUGUAGCUCAUGCUGCGCAGCUCUAACAUUUCUCUGCUCAUAUCUGCAUGUCUCUAUUAAAAACAUUUGUCUGCUAUAUCCAGCCAAUCCCACCGCCUGCGCAUAUUCACACUACAUAUUUUGGGGGUUGUCCUACUCCCAAUCCAAAUACCCUGUACAGACUGAUUAUUAUUUAGUGUCCCACUGCUGUGUGGCUCCGGUAUAUGGCUUUCAUGAUGAUGAGAAAGAAGAAAUUCAAGUUUCGAGUGGAUUUUGAACUGGAUAAUCUCUCAUCUGUUCCAUUUGUCAAUGGGAUUCUGUUCUGUAAAAUCCGACUUCUGGACGGGGGCAACUUCAGUGUGGAAUCCUCCAGAGAAGUUGUCCAAGCUAAUAGUGUUCACUGGCGGAAACAGUUUACCUUCAUGUGCAAGAUGAGCGCCAGCGCAAACUCAGGGAUACUUGAUCCAUGUGUGUGCCGGGUGUCUGUGCGCAAGGAGCUGAAAGGUGGAAAAGCCUACGCAAAGUUAGGUUUUGCAGAUUUGAAUCUGGCAGAAUUUGCUGGAUCCGGUAAUGCUGUUCGCAGGUGCCUUUUGGAGGGUUAUGACACCAAAAACACACGCCAAGACAAUUCUAUCCUAAAGAUUGGGAUCAGCAUGCAGCUCAUGUCUGGGGACCCCUGCUUUAAAACUGCACCUUCAACUGGCACAUCAAUAGCAAUUCCUGGAGAUUCAGACUCUCUGCAAAAAGACAGGAAAGGCCGUGAGACUGGGAAACUACAUUUGGGAGUUGCAGACCUUUCAUCAAAAAGCGCAUCAGUCCCUGAUGAAUUGGGAGCAUGUGGGCAUUCCAGGACAUCAAGUUAUGCUAGCCAACAGUCCAAGGUUUCAGGAUACAGUACCUGCCACUCACGAUCUUCCAGUUUGUCAGAGCUGAGCCACAGGAGAAACAUGUCUGUCGGUAGUGCAUCCACAGGAAUCGGCAGUAUCCGAGAACCCAGUGAUGAAGACAAUACCAAGGCUUCAAGGUUCAGCCCAGAAAUCUCAGAAGAGGGGUCAUCACCUGAAAAACUCAGCAGGCCCCCAGUGAAGCAGGACUCAGUUGAGUCACAGCUAAAGAGAGUGGAUGCCACUCGAGUGGAUGCUGACGACAUUGUUGAAAAAAUCCUCCAAGGUCAAGAUUUUACCUUGGACUCCAGUGCUGAAGAGGAAGGUCUGCGCUUGUUUGUCGGCCCUGGUGGAUGUACAGCGCUUGGAAGUCAUCACCGACACAACAGGGUUGGCGCUGGAGCAUACGAACAGGUUGUGAUCAAACGCUAAGGAUUCUGUCUUGGAGAAAGUUAGUGUGUUGUGUGGAAUAAUCCUUGCAAGGGUCGCUCAGCUUCAUUUCACUCAUCAGAGACUGUUCUAGUGCUACAGAUCUAGUGCUACACAAUAACUGGACUUUAUCCUGACUAAAAAAAUCCAACUUCUGAAUACUGCCUGCUAAUUCUGCAUCCUUUAUCCUCCCUGGAAGCAUUCCUGUUGUGUGAGUGACAAGUAAGCAAUGUUAUACUCUGUAUACCGGAGGGAGUGACUGUGUUUAUACUGUACAUAAAACAAAGGAAAGUUGAGAGCAAGACAACCCUCCUGUGCUGGCAAAUACAAUCUCUACUUCUUCUUCUUUUAUUUGGGUGAUGGGAGUUGCUAAUAGAAGUUAAGUAUCACUAUACAAUAUAAUACUACCAGAAUAUACUUAAUUCAUGCCUUCUAAAUAGAUGACAUUGCUAUAAGAAUAGAGCUGUGAGUGGGAAGCUCAUGUAAUACUUGCAGUUAAAAACCUAUAGACAUAUCCACCAAAUAUCCCUGUUUAGUGACAAGAAAUAUCUGAUAUGUGUAAAACCCCAGGGCACUUGGAUAGUAACCUUGUAGCAGAGAGCACUUCUGUGUCCAAAGAUAUCAUAGCUUGAGUGCCAUAUGCAGCCUGUAUCUAUAUACAUAUAUACAUAUAUAUAUAUAUACACAUGUGUGAGUGUGAUCAUAUAUAUAUUCAUUGGUGCUGCUUCCAGUAAUACAUUGGCUAAAGCAGCCUCCACUCACUGACAUACAAUAGACAAACACUCUCUAGCUGGGAGAAGGGCAGAAAAGGAAAAUGCAGUGAAAACAUUUGCACACAAUCUUCAUGUUUUCUUCAUUUCUGAAAACCCUGUACCUAGAAAGCAUAUACAUAUUUAAUGCAUGCCGAGGGAUUCAUGAAUAUGUAUUAUCCGUUCAAUACAGCAGGACGCGUGGAGCUUUGUUUAGACAAGAAGAAAAAAAGAUCGCUCAUUCACAGUCUAUGUACAAAAGCAGAAAAUACAAGAGAGGUAUAAUUUGUAGCCGAUCAAUACUUUUCAUCUUUUGCUGGUCCUUUAAUAACUGCGUUGCACGGGGAUGAUCUUCUCUAUUCAGCAGGUCUUCCUGAUAACUGUAACCAAAGCCUUGCAGUAUGGAGCUCCACUGAAACAAAGCUGAAGGGAUACUAAUAAGGGGUGCUCUGCUGAAGUGGAGCAGAUAGUGACAAGCAUGGGGCUGCAUGUUGUGUAGCAAACGACAGAGAGAUGUCUAGUCUGAGGGAGGAAUCCACACACCAUACACCUCCCCAUGCAACCUGUGCUGCUGAUUCACUAUAAGAGCAAGUAUAUUGGCAGUAGUUCAAAGGGCAGAGGCCAAAACAAUUAAAAUCGGUGCCAUUCAGUUGUAUGGCAGAUACUCGCAAGCACAGAGGAACAUGUAAAGCCGACUCCAGCGUUUCCAAGUAACAAUUGUGAGUGCUCCAUGCAUGCAGCUCGCUGUCAUACAUGUCAUGGGGGGUUUCACUGCUUUUGUCCCGUGGACAAAACCUUCAUUUUGCAACUAGGGAUGAUAGUACCCCUUUACAGGCAUACGUGUGUACUUAUUACUAACAUAUAUUACAACUGCAGUAUCAUGUAAUAACACCAGCAACUGAUUGUCCUAAUGCAGCUGGUUGCUAUGGGUUACUGCACUUGUGCGAGUUUGCAUCCUACUAGUGGUAGCAUCUCUUUAACUCAAGCAACUGGAACACAUACUCAUGCAAUACACGAGCGGGUAACUUACCCUUAAACCCAUACAGAGCACACAAGGAAUAAACAAAUGACUGUAUGGACAUCUGGGACCAAGAAUGAUUUAUUCAGUGUUUUACUAUAUGCUCAAGUAUCUGUAUGCCUCCGUCUGGGCUGCUAGUGAAUGCUGGGAGAUGUAGUCCAAAGUCCAGCAGGAGCCGGGGAAAAUAUCUCAGAUCUGAUUAUUUGCUUGCAGGACACUUCAUUUGUUAAAGUUUACAGCCUGGUUAUUAUCAAUAACUAAAUGUACGAAGUUAAAGUGUUGGGCUGGUGCAGAACAAGGAGCCCAUCUGUUUUAUAAGUAAACCUUCCCACUUUCUUUCAGUGAAUAGAUUUAGCAUUACAUACACUUACUGGAAAAGCAAACGCUUAUUUGUGGAGAAGAGUGGGAACCAUUCGAUGAUGAUGUCGUUUGUUCUGUAAAGUGAUAUUUUUAUACUGUUUCUGAUUUUAGUGUAUUCGUUUAUUUUAUGGGCAUUUAAAAGGACGGCCAGUGGUUGCAUUGCAUUUAAUGGAAGUGUCUGACAGAAAGCUACAGCACUUUCCCCUCCAUUCUGUCUGCCACAUUCACUAUAUUGCUCUUAUUUACUGGUGACCCCAUUAUAGAGGGCAAGGCCGGGCCAGUGACCCGCUCACACAUUCAUAUUUAAUUGGCCUGAUUAUCUCUUGCAGUGAUUAUUAUUUUAACUGGGGAUCUGCACUAUUUCCCUUGGGAUCUCUGCAUAAAUGGCCACCAGUAAGUGGCAGUUGAGUGUGGGUAAGGUAUAAAGCAGAAAUCAUGGCAUGUUGUAUCUAGUAGUGCUGGGUCUGAAGCAACUGGUGCAUUAGGACUUGUAUUUGGCCAUUUUUCCCUGUUCCUGUGGCACCAAAUGGGAAUUCAGGAGUCGUCAUUUCUCAUCCCAACCAACCGAUAGGAACGGUACCAAAGGGAACAAACUUACUCUCCCUAUAGAGUAGAAUGGGGUCUGUUAAACACGGAGCAUUUGUCUGGUGGCUUUAUAGUAAGAAUGAAGAGCCGUUCUACACAGCACUACUAGAUAUACCAUAACUAGAUGAAUAUGCUCUUUGUUUCCCCUUUCUGUUUGCAUGCAAGCUUGCUGCCGACUGAAGUGAUUCCAUGAAUAAACAUGGAGAAUGAACUUUACAUUUUGCCCCUUGAGUAUAUUAACAGAAGUCUAAUUUCUAUACAGAAUUUUUAUAUUGUAAAGUAUUUGUAACUGUGAUGUCUUCCUUUAAAAUACUGAAUAAAAGUCUUACCUUUA